AUGUUCUUGCGCCUCAUCUCCUUGUCUUCACUGCAGUCUGCGCCCUGUUUUCUCGUGCCAUCUGUCGGCACACCGCAACAAGGCGUUCCGGCUUGCUCCUCCACCACCACCAACGGUCGCAUACCAACCCUGUCCAUUCACCCUCCUUCUGGUCCGAUUAGCGACUCCGACGCUCCUUUGCAGUAG